AUGACCUGGCGCAGCCGCGGAGGCUCCUCCGAAAUUAAACAGAGUCACCGUGUGAUCCUGCAGCCCCGCUUCUGGCUCCUGGCAGGCUGGGCCAAGUUCAGCUAUUCACCCUGCUGCCGCCGUCACUCUGGAAUUCUGCUCUGGGGGAGCCCCACCUGCGGACCUGCCCCACCUGAGCCGGUGCCUCCGCGAGCCUCCCCACAGCCAGGCCCUCGAGGGCCGGCCGCGUCCUCUGCCCUGGCCCCAGCCAUGGCCCUGCAAGUGCCCCUGUGGCACCACUACCUGCAGGCCAUCCGCUCGCGGGCAGCGUCCCGGGCGCAGGACUACCAGCGUGCGGAGAACGUGCUGUUCACUGUGCUGGAGCGCGUGCACGCCAGGGACCCCCGCUUCCUGGUGGACUACUCCCGGGACCUGGAGGCCUUGCAGUUCGCCCUGCGCUCCUCAGACGGCCCCGUGGACGUGGAGGUGCCCCUGAGAGUGGACGCCCAAGCCCUCCUGAGUGAGGAGCUGGGGGCCUCCGAGACGGGCGAUGGCCCAGUGUCCUGCCGCCUGGGUGUCCCCAGAGAAGGGGCUGGCCUGGAGCAGUGGAUGACCGACGACGUCUUCACCACCUCCUCGGACGUCAGCACCAACUGCCUCGGCCACCUCGUGCCCAGCAAGGUCCUGCACGUCCUCAAGGACCUUCUGGUGGCUGCCAUUGUGCACUGCAAGCACCACGGCCUCAUCGCACCAGGCUCCCUGAAGGCCGACAGCCUGAGCGCGGAGGAGCUCCACCUGUCCCUGCUGGUGUCCAGUGGCUGGAGAACCAUCCGCUUCAACGUGGUGCCCGUGGUGCGGUGGAAGCGCCAGGCGCCUGCCCUGGAGGGGGCCCAGCGUGCGCCCGGCUUCCCCGAAGGCUGCUUGAAGAGGGUCACCAGCCAGGAGGUGGCCCUGGUGCCCGCCAGCGCCCAGCUCUGGAGGGUCUCCACGGACUACCUGCUCACCAGGCUGCUCAGUGAGCUGGGCUCCCUGCCGGGCCAUCGCCUGGACAGCCUCUCCAUCCUGGACCGCGUCAACUACGAGACCUGGCGCGACAGCGGCCAGCGCCCCGGCCUGACCUUCCGCCACUUGAAGACCGUGCUGCUCUGGGCCUCUGCGCUGUUCCCGGCGCCCGAGGACUGGGUGGAGCUGCAGGGCGCCGUGUACCGGCUGCUGGUGGUGCUGCUGUGCUGCCUGGCCACCCGGAAGCUGCCACACUUCCUGCGCCCCGAGCUCAACCUGCUGCAGGACGCCCGGCUGGACCUCGACGCCCUCUACCAGCGCGUGGAGCGCUUCGCCAGCCAGCCCGAGGCGGCCCUGCGCCUCCACGCCACCCACCUGGGCCGCAGCCCCCCGCCCCGCAUCGGCCACGGCGUCAAGGCCCUCCUGCAGCUGCCCGCCAGCGACCCCGCCUACUGGGCCACCGCCUACUUCGACGUCCUGCUGGACAAGUUCCAGGUCUUCCACGUCCAGGACAAGGCCCGGAUCUCCGCCAUGCAGAGCAUCUUUCGGAAGACCAAGACCCUGAGCGGCGAGCACAGCUGAGCAGGCGCCGGGCCGAGCUGCCGCUGCGCGGCCCCCAGAAGCCCGGACACUGGCAGAGGGGGUGGGGGAGGGGCUCUGAGUCUGGGUCGGCCUCCUGGGAGCAGCCGCCUGGUCUCAGGGGCGAGGGGCUGUGCUUCAUGUGACAGGUGUCCAUCCGUGAGGUGCCGUCAAGACGGAAAACUGGGCGUCUGCACAGCACCCGGAACUUGAGGGCCCCUGUCUGAGUCGAAUGCCACCUGUGAGAUCAAAUACUCUGCAUCUGACCCUGAAUAAAUUAGUGCACCUUCUACGGCGUGGCAGACAUUCUUGCACCUCGCCCCGCCCACCGCAGGAGCCAGGACAGGGCCGGGCGGCCUCCGUGGAUUUCGGAGAUGCUGUCGCCCGUGGGUGGUCAGAGGCGGUUAGUUCUGAGUGGGCCAAAGCACAGGCAGGCUGUCCAGCAGGCCCGUGGCUGGGGCCCCACGGGAGAAGCACCAUGUGGCGUCUCUGGAGAACCCUCGUGUGGAAGCCGAGGUUCUGCCGGGGAGAACAGUAGUUCACAUCCUGAGUGCACGCCAGGCGUGACAUGGGCCCUGGCGGAGAACAGGCCCGGCCACGAGACCCCAGCCCUCUGUGCCACCUGAGCUGCCCACCACGGCUGCGUGGUGUAGGCUCCUCGCCAGGAGGCAGGAGAAAGCAAGCCAAAGACAUGCAUGUUGGAAGAGGAGAAGCAAGACCGUUCUUCACGGACAACUUGACUAUUUACAUAGAAAUCCUAAGGCGUCUACCAAGAAACUGCUAGACUUUGUGUAUUUAACAGGGUCGAGAGAUACCAGGUUACUAGAGAAAAACGAACGGUACUUCUAUCUAUGAAAAGUAGGGAGUGAAAAUUUAAAAAUACCAUAAGAACCGCAUAGAAAGAUCCCACGCACAGAAACACAUCUCACAAAAGCUAAACCAGACCUCCACCCCACGAACCGCGGGCAGCGUACACAUAGCCUCAGACGACCUGCGCUGGUGUUCAGGCCUUAGAAUGUUCAGAUCCGAGGUGUGCACUGCCCGAUGGUCCCCAUGGUGCCGUUCCCAUCCACGUCCCACACCCCCUGGACAAGAUGAUCCCAGAAUUCACGUAGAAAUGCAGUUUCAG